CAGAAGUAUGCUUCUUUUAGUAGUUGUUGUUCAAUCUAAGGCUUCGUCGCUGCAGCAAGUUGGGGACUGGUCAUCGGCAGUUCAGCAUGCGUCGACAGUUUCUUUCUGUGAAUUGAUCCACAUGGAUUUGAGCCGCAUGAGGUUUGAAUUUGCGUUGCAACUCUUCGAGCUCCGAAGCUUCUCAAAUGGUGACACUCCCAUGGCAGUAUUGAUUAUGGCAGAAGUACUUCCGUCCCCUCGCUCUAGACAACACCUCUCGAGCAGGUAAAAAAAUGAAUGAAUGAAUGAGUGAGCUGUACUCUGUGCGAAAUUUUUUAUUGUGCUGACGAAGCCUCCUGGGGGGCAAUGGUACAUCUUCAGAGAAGACAUCCUAGGAGAGAUGCUUGUCAAGGGUCAAAGGGGCUCAGGAUGCAUCCUCGCCCAGCAUCAUCCAUCCUUGGUUCUUUUUCUACUUGAAAAGGAAGCACUCAAAAUUCUUCAUGCUCGUGUACGGAAGAUGCUCCCAUAUAAGGAAGAUGCUCCCAUAUAAGGAAGAUGCUCCCACGACAAGGAAGAUGCUCUAAAUCAAAACGACCGCAGGAUACGAAGCAGGUGCUUUCGUUUUUUCGGGACACGUUUCUCGAACAAAUGUACUGGCGAUGCAAAAUCGUUUGCAAGUAUGCUAUGGCCACCUGUGACUAAGAGUUAGUAACAUGCAUCAUGUGAAUGAGAAUUAGUAACAUUAAUAUAAGUGACGUGGGUUCACAACAUAUUAACAUUGGCAACAAAGUGACGUGGGCUCUUCUAAAAAUUAUGCGCUCAGAUACUCAGUAAACUGGUGCUAGUAAGUAGACCUAGUGGUAGUGACAUAAGUAACUGAGCAGGUAAGGUUAGCGCUGCCAGCUGGGAAUAGACUAGUGGGGAGUAGAGUUGGGCUGCAAGAAACAAGUUUUAAGAUUAUCCAUCGGUUAAAAAUUUCCAACAUCGGAUUCCCUGCAAGAGUUUGGACACAAACUUUUCAGAAGAAACAAGUUUUAAGAUUAUACUAUAGCACGUUUUACCUAACCUUACUUUUUCUUCCUAGUUAGCUUGGCUCCACCCGUAUUAUACUAUAGCACGUCUAAAACCUGCGGCGAACCGGCUACAGAAGAGGACGGCAAUACUGCUUAUGCAAUCCACUUGAUGCAAGGGUCGAUGCGCUGGCAUAGUCGGAGUAAAGGUACUUACUUAAUUUUCGAGUUGUGGUUGGUGACAACCUCUGUAGCGAGAUGAUUUCGUAGAGGGCACUUAUCGAGCUCUGGUAACAUCAACCCUGCUAGAGGGUGAAGGCAUGCCAAAGUAGAAGUACAGGCAUUCUCUUGUCGAGCUGUGGUAAUAUCAACCCUGCUAGAGGGUGAAGUUGUGUCAUCGUAUCCUAUAGAAGUAAAAGCACUUCUCUGGUUGUGGCUGCACUUCUCUGGUUGUGGCUCUGUAGGGAGAUGAUUUCAAAAGCUCCCUACAGAUCCACAACUAGAGAAGAUCGGAGAUGCAAUCUCUUUGAGGAUCUCAGUCGAGUACUUGAUGACCUCAAUCUAGUAUUUGAUGAUCUCAAUCGAGUCGAAGUAAAGGUUGUAGUACCAAAAAUACUUAUCGAGUUGUGGUAAGAAUUCUGGUAGAAGGUGAAGUUGGGCCAUAGUUACUAAGUAGAGGUAAAGGCACUUACUUAUCGAGGUGCGGUAACAUCCACGUCUCUGGUUGCGGCUCUGGAGGGAGAUGAUUUCAAAAGCGUUCAUGAGAAGGGUUGAAGACGUAAGUUUUUCUAAUGUCACGGAAGUGAUAGCCCGGAAAAGAAGUGGCUAAAACAGCUUGCGGUGAACCAAGCACGGUGGUUGUACUCCUUCUUUGUUAUGAUUUUUUUUUCUAGUAGACAGGAGCGGCUUAUUCUUCCUCGAUGGUCUAGUUCUUUCUAGUUGUGGAGGGCUUACAUACAACAGCGAUUAGUUCUUCCUCGAUGGUCUAAUUUUUUCUAGUAGACCGGGGCUUAGUGACGACUUAAGUACUAUCGUCUUUAGGGAUGGCGCGAUGACGGCUUAGAAGUCUGGUCUUUUUUUAGGAAUCAUGCGAUGAUGAUUCCUCCUAGAUGGUCUUUCUAGAAGCUAAGAUGAUGAUGCCUCCACCGAGAAGCUGAGUACCCGGAAGAUGAGCAAACCUAAAGGUUGUCCUUUCUAAUGCAGGGAUGGAUGAGGUGAUGAGCAAGCUGCUGGAAUUUGACGGCAAGACUUCAGGGAUGCCCAACAAUGUCAGCAAUGUCGUUAUGAUUUGCAUCUCUAGAAUAAAGUGAGGAUAAUUAAGUGUUGGUAGACCUUCUGUGGCUGCGCAUAUUAUCCGCUUGAGUAUGUCUGUAAAACUGUCGAUGGCGGACCAUAUCCUAUCCUAUCCUGGCAAAGAAAGGCACUGCAUGGCACUAGAUAAUAAGGAGCUACAUGGUUUUCUACAUUCGCUACAUGACAAGCAAAGGCUGCAGUGAAAUAAGAUGACUCGUACAACUAUUUCUCAAUAUACUACACUGCAAAGGUGGCAGCAAAUUCAAGAGUACAGGACGAUUCCUUCUUCUGCCCGGUCAUUUCUAACGAGAAUAAUCUGCAACCACUGAUAUGGGUCGAACGCGUGGCUCCGUCGCUGUGAUGUUAGCGGAGUUCUUGGGAAGGAAUUUCAGUUGUUACGGCCAACAUUUAGUGUCCAUCUUUCUCGGCAUCUUGGUACCCUUGUGCCCCGUUAUAUUCUCAUGACGAAUAAGUACACAAGAGAAGUGAAGGGGUCAAGAUGAGGGGGGCGAGAUGAAGAAAAGCCGACUCGUCUAAUUUAGGCAGCGACCUAUGAAGUAAGAAGGGACUGAGUGAGGGAGCGACCUAUUAAGCAACAGAGCUUUAUUUGGAGCAACGACCUGGUUUUAUUAAGCAAGGAGACUGCGUAGGCAGCGACUUGCUCAGCAAUGAGGGUACUCAUAUUCAAGAUAGUACAGUAAGAAAAUGAUCUAACCGUGCACUUAAAAAUCGUAUGUCUAAUUUGCUUUAAGAGAGCUUCUUGCCACAGUAUUGUAUAGAUCGUCCAGCAGUCUGUCAUGUAAUUCUGCGCUUCAUUUAUCUUGUAGAAGUUGUUCUCGAACUUUUCUCAUUCACGUAGUAAUAGAGUGCAUGGUCAAGACAUUCGCAGUACUUAAUAUUACUAGGGAAGUUGCUCCUCUGGACCCCACGUGGCAAAUAUAGUGGGCUAGGAAGUUCCUCUUUACUGCAAC